CCAAUUGUUAGCGCAGUAGUUGAUUGAAAAAAAAAAAAUCAAACAAAAAUUAAAUCCCAAAGAGUAUACGUAGUAUUUUACAUAACUAACCAUGAUGGGAGUGGGCGCUUUCGCGGUAGCUCUAAUGAUGAUAACGGUAAUAACCUCUCCUUGUCUUCAUGGAGAAGAGUUCUCGGAUCACCAGGAAAUUAACGUACAAAGACUUUUGAAACGCCUCAACAAACCUGCUCUUAAAUCCAUUAAGAGUGAAGAUGGAGAUAUAAUAGAUUGUGUUCCUAUAACUUGUCAACCAGCUUUGGAUCAUCCUCUACUUAAAAACCAUACCAUACAGAUGAGACCGAGUUUUGUCACGGAAGAUGAAUAUAAGAACAACAAGAAAAAACAAAAGGCUAUAAUUCAGGUGUGGCACAAGGAUGGAGAUUGUCCGGAAAACACUGUUCCUAUAAGGAGAACAAAGAAAGAAGAUAUAUUAGGAGCAAAAUAUUUUGAGAGUUUCAGGAGAAAAAAUCAUCGACGCAUUGCUGAAUAUAAAAGUCCAAAUAUAGGCCAUGAGUAUGCAGUCAUGGAUCUAAGGACGGGAAAGUUUUACGGAACAGAAUUUACAAUAAAUAUCUGGAACCCAAAAGUUCAAAUUUCAAAUGAGUUCAGCCUGGCUCAGACUUGGCUUUUGUCUGGAAAUGGCCCUCAACUUAACAGUAUUGAAGCUGGUUGGCAGGUUUCUGAAAUAAUAUACGGUGAUAGUAAUACUAGAUUAUUCGUUUUCUGGACGAACAAUGGAUACCAAGGAAAACUGUGCUACAAUCUGGAUUGCCCAGAUCUUGGUUUUGUUCAAGUGAGCAAUCGUUUCACUGUAGGUGGAUCAUUAAACCCCGUGUCGCAAUACGACGGAGAACAACAAGAGCUCUCCAUGCAUAUAAGGAAGUACGACGGGAAAAACUGGUGGCUAAAGAUUGGUGAAGAGUUCGUCGGGUACUGGUCUGACGACUUGUUCACUUCUCUAAAAGAUGGAGCCACGGUAGUUCAGUGGGGCGGAGAAAUCGUUAAUAGGAUGACAGAUGGGAAACACACGACCACAGAGAUGGGAAGCGGACAUUUUGCAGAAGAAGGGUUCAAGAAAGCAAGCUAUUUCAGGAAUCUUAUGAUAUAUGACGAAGCCAAUACUCUGAAAGAACCCCAAGGACCACUUAAACCCAUAACUGGUCAUGAUGCCUGUUACAACCUUAAGCCAGGAGAUGGUGGAACGCCCUGGGGAGUUAAUUUCUUCUUUGGUGGUCCUGGUCGUAACGACAAAUGCCCUUGAUUUGGAUCUUUGUCGUGUAUUGAAAGCUUUCCAAAAAUUUACAUAUCUACGUAUGUCUCUCUGUAUUUGAAUAAGAACGUGUAUUGUAAAAAAAA